UGACAAGACAGAACGAUGUACGGUAACGAUGACGUUGAUGCAGGCCAACCAGAGCCAGGGGCACAACUUUUGGAAUUCAGGCCGUCCAGGUCCAGAACAACGAGGCUUGUGUAAACUGUCGAUGGCCUCUUCCAGAAGUCGAUGGGGUACGCCAACGAGAGCAGCGGGGGUGAUCUGCCGGGAGAGGGGGCUACAAAAAUUGGCCCUCGACAGACCCCUAAUGACGACACAAAGUGGUCAUCGGGAGGGUGCCGUCGGCGUAUCUCUCCCGGCGCCUCUCCUGGGUUUGUCCCGUGUCUUAGAGUCUGCUGGGGGUGCAAAAAUAGAACAUCCUGGCUGAGGAACCGACUGGAAGCCGACAGAACGGCCGGGGCAGCAGAAGCACUUGCCGAAAAGGGACACGGAGCAGAUUUGGCGGGCUGACGUAAGCAGGGCACAUGUAGGUGCUUAUGUCAGCGGCCGUGGGAUGCCGGUGAGGCGGGCGGCAGGUGAGCAUUCGGGAGGUUAAGAGACCU